ACCCGGGUGUAGUGGCCGUUGUCGGGCGGCCGCCGGCUCAGUGCGGGGCGCAGCGCCGAGCCCGCUCGGGACUCACCCCCUGCACACACGCACCGGCGGCGGAUGGGACUGUAACAGCGGCUCCCGGGUGAUUUUUUUUGCCCCCCUGUCGGCGGGACCCAUGUUUUCCCCCAGCCAGGAGGAGCACUGCGCGCCUAACAAGGAACCCGUCAAGUACGGGGAGCUGGUGGUGCUGGGGUAUAAUGGAUCCCUCCCUAAUGGUGACAGAGGACGCAGGAAAAGCAGAUUUGCCCUUUAUAAGCGACCUAAGGCAAACGGAGUUAAGCCCAGCACUGUUCACGUGAUUUCUACUCCCCAAGCAUCGAAGGCGAUCAGCUGUAAAGGUCAGCACAGCAUCUCUUACACAUUAUCCAGAAACCAGACUGUUGUAGUGGAGUAUACUCAUGAUAAAGAUACAGACAUGUUUCAGGUUGGGAGGUCAACAGAAAGCCCCAUAGACUUUGUAGUAACAGAUACGAUUUCUGGAAGUCAAAAUAAUGAUGAAACCCAGAUUACGCAAAGCACCAUAUCCCGGUUUGCAUGCAGGAUUGUUUGUGACAGAAGCCCACCAUACACAGCAAGGAUAUUUGCAGCUGGAUUUGACUCUUCUAAAAAUAUAUUUCUUGGUGAAAAAGCAGCAAAGUGGAAAAAUCCUGAUGGCCACAUGGAUGGAUUGACAACUAAUGGGGUGCUGGUCAUGCAUCCAAAGGGAGGGUUCACUGAGGAAUCUAAACCUGGAGUUUGGCGGGAAAUCUCAGUCUGUGGUGAUGUGUACACUCUGCGGGAAACCAGAUCGGCUCAACAAAGGGGGAAGCUGGUAGAAAAUGAGACCAACAUCCUACAAGAUGGCUCUCUCAUUGACCUGUGUGGAGCCACCCUUCUGUGGAGAACGGCAGAUGGACUGUUUCACACUCCAACUCAGAAACACAUUGAAGCUCUGCGACAGGAGAUAAACGCUGCUAGACCACAGUGUCCUGUUGGGUUAAACACUUUAGCAUUUCCCAGCAUCAACCGUAAAGAUGUGGUAGAAGAGAAGCAGCCUUGGGCGUACCUCAGCUGUGGUCAUGUUCACGGCUAUCACAACUGGGGACAUCGCAGUGACACAGAAGCCAACGAGCGGGAGUGCCCUAUGUGCAGAACCAUUGGCCCCUAUGUGCCUCUCUGGCUUGGUUGUGAAGCGGGCUUUUAUGUGGAUGCUGGUCCUCCAACUCAUGCUUUCACCCCUUGUGGACAUGUGUGCUCUGAGAAAUCUGCAAAAUACUGGUCUCAAAUCCCACUGCCUCAUGGUACUCAUGCAUUUCAUGCUGCCUGCCCUUUUUGUGCAACACAACUGUCUGGGGAACACAACUGCAUCAAGCUAAUUUUUCAGGGUCCAGUUGACUGAUAUCACUUUGCAAUGACCACAAUAACAUUUUCUUUAACAAUUUACUGUGAAGAUUUUGCCACUAACUCUAGAUUUUACCUUUUUCUAUAAUGUUAUUAAUAGGGUGGUAGAGUUGGGGAUGGGGAACUGACAAGGAAAUUGUUAGGGACUGUGAUGGAAUUGGGAUACAUUGAUACCUGGAACUUGACAGAUAUCAGUGGUGUUGCAUGCUCAAAAGCAGCAUAUUCAUGAAGUCUUCUUGGUCAAAUUGUAGUACAUUUGUAAUCCUUUUUAUUAGUACCCUGAAUCAGAAAAAAGGUGUCUUAAUGAUUUUUUUUAAGCUAAGAUUUUUUUAAUGGAAAGGUUUUUUCUUCUAAACUUUGACAAGCCUUUAAAACCUAUUUUUCAAAUCUAGAAAGAACAUACAGAAUGUAACUGUCUUUAAUUUGCAAUAUAAUUUAACUUGAACAGUUUCUCAAGGAGCUAAUAUAGAAUGUGUGGACAACCAUAGGUGAAUGUUCACUAGACAUAAUUGGGUAUGUAAGAGAAAAAUUAGCUGCCGAAAUUGUAGACUGUAACAGCUAUUACAAUAUCUAUUAUAAUAUAACACAGCUGGCCAAAAAGGCAUCAAGGAUUACUUGAAACUGAGGAAAUUCUGUUUCCAUUGAUUUCCUUUCAGUGUAGUAGAUAUCCACUGUUCAUUAUGUAUGGUAUAUGGCUGAUUUUUUUUUUCCUUUCUCCCCUCCCUCCCCUCCCCCGUUUAACCUGCAUCUGGUUUACUUUUGUUACAUACUUAGUUCUGGUUUUUAAGCCAAGGUUCUGUGUCUGUGUAGUCUGGCCUUUUUGUUUCUGCUUAACUUAGCUUGCCCUAACUGCUCCUUGCAUGCCCAGGACCAUUGGGUUAACUGAGAUAUAGUGAGCCUUUAAAAACUGCAUUAAUGAAGGGGUAGUGCCGCAGCAAGGCAGAAGGUUUAGGUACAACUUAAACAGAACUUAUUUACAUAGACCCGAAUUCAGGAAAGCACUUAGCUCGUGUUUAAAUAUAAGCCCACGGAUGGGACUGUUUAGAUUCUCAAGUGCUUCAAUGGAUUGUGGUUAUAUGCUGUUAUGUUUUGAAAUUAAAAAAGUAAUUAAAAAUAAGUUAUUUUUUUAAGCUCACUUACUAGUCAAAACGCUGUAAGGAGAGCAUCGUUCCUAGUUCAGCUGAGUAUUUUUAUUCAGUUUUCAACUUGCUGCCAUCUGUCACCUUUUUUGCAGACUGAGAUGUGUUUGUAUCCGGUUUUUUUCCAAAUGUUUGCAAAUCAAACAACAUUCAAAUGUAAUCAGAUAUACGCACCAGGGUGGUACAUCUGAAGUGGAUCACUUGAAAUUCCUGACUUAAGAGAGCUGAUAAAUGUUUACUAUGGAAAUAAUUAAAUCAGAAUUUCAUGAGAGGUACCCCACCCACUGUUAGUUUCAUUACUUACAGAAUGAUAACUCUUUGAUUUGUUGGGGGGGUUUUUUCUUCUCUUGCUUUCUGUGCUCUUGGUAUCUGAGGUAUCAAUCUAUCCAGGUUUUAAAAAAAGAAAAAAAAUUUGGGAGAAAAUAAUAACAUCUCUAGAUGAAAUCGAUCAUUCAAGCUCAGUUCUGUUUAAUCAACUAUAGCUUUUUGCUAUAUUUUUUCCCUUUGUAUAAAUAUAUAAUUUAUAUGAUUUUAAUAUAUUCUGUAUAUAUAUACUUGAAUUGGCCUGUUCAUAUUUUGGUUGUAAAAUUGUUUUAUAGUUAACCUUAUAAACAUUUUAUGUGUCCCUUGCCAAUGGUGACGGGACGUACUUUGUCUGCUGCUGGUUUUAAUAUAAUUUUUUGCUGUAAAAAUGUCCAGCAUUUUAAUAAUUUUAAAAUAGCUUUAAUGUUCUUUUUACGCUUUUGCUGUUUAAAACAAAAAAAUUUCUGCAGCAUUUUCUCUAAAAAAUCCCAAACUGUACAGCUUUUGUCCCACUCAGUGAUUGGAAAUAGGAUGAAUCUUGUUAACGUAAAACUGUAUGCUUCCUCCUAGUGCCUUUGCAAUGAGAUCCUCUUGUGAUUCCGUAUUCCAAGUCCUUACUCCCACAAGACAAGCUUGUGGCUAAUCUUCAUUGAGAACGGCAGCCCAACCAGUCUGGGGAGAAACGCCUUUGGCCUUCAAUUCCUUGCCAUGGUUUCCAUCAUAAACAUGAAGGUGCCUCUUCCUUGUUUAAUUCAGUACAAGUUCCUCAGGUCCCAUACGCAUACUGCAGCAUUAUUUCUAUUUAGUAAAUACCUCAUCUGUGAGAGGCAGUCUCACCUCCACCUCCUUCGUAGUGGACUCUGUGAAAUACUUAACUUUGUUUCUCACAAGAGAUGCUAUGGAAACACACUCCCAGGGAAUGUUCCCUGUCACAUUACGGCUGUGAGCUGUGUGUUAAGGCUGGUGGCCAGAGGUCUUGAGUGCUGUGUACGGCAGCUUCGCAGGUCUGGGUGGCAACUGCUUUACUGAGCUGAGCUGAUCAGGGCAUGUGUGCCUAGUGUCCCUCUGAGCGUAAACGGAUUGGGAGCACGCAGGUUCCCAGGCAUCUCCGUUACUGAGCUGCUUUACUUCCUUCCUUCACUGUUGCAGCUCAAUUGCUGCUUUACAGCUUCGUGUAGCUACACCCUGUGCAAAGUGAAUGUACAGCGUUAGAGGAAUCCUCACUGGAAGCACUAGCACACCAUCAUCUGCAUGGGUGUGUUUGGCUUGCACAAAGUGGAAGACCAGCUAAUGGCUUGUAUCCAAGGGAAGUGUCCGUUUGAAAAGACUGUGUUUUGAGCAAGGCUUUUGUUUCUUUCACUGUCAGCAAUUCUGUAUAAGACAAGAAAUACUGCAGGAAGGAAAACUCUCCUCUUAUCUGGGAAACAAACUUCCACAGUUCCUUCGCAUGGAUCUAGCUACUUUGCCAUUAAUCAGUAUUCAAAUCUAGGGCGAGUCCCACAGAGCUUCAUUUACUGGGAAGGCAGAAGAGUUUGUAGCAUUAUUUAUCCCAAACACUACUGCCACAUCUGCUGCUCUGAUCAAACGAUGGACCAUGUGGCUGCUUAGCCCUUUUCUCCUUCCCUCAUCUCAGUAAACACAUACCUUCACUGUCUGGUAACUCGGUAGGGGAAAGUUUUUUCUGGAUAAGUAAGACCGGUUCUGUUUGGAGUGAGUAAAUUUAAGAAGCACCCUCAAACUUUGUUUUGAAAGUUUAUUUCAUGGUUUUAGCGUUAUGAUAUUUCUUGCAUAACAUUUCAAAUGCUGGCGAUGUAUUCUGUAAGGAUUUUUUUUCACCUGUUGCUGUUGAUUCUAUUUGAAUGCUUCAAAACCGGAUUUGACUGCAUAACUUAUAGCUAAAAGUAUUUUUCUAGUCUGAUGUUAAAAAAAAAAAAAAAGUCUGUCAUAUCCAUGCAUACUGGAGCUGUAACACUUUCUGUUUUCCUGGCAGCUUCUUUGAUCGAGUGCUGAAGUCUUGAUGACUGGGUGGUAAGCGUUGCUCUGAUUUUAAUCGUGGUCCAAGUUGUACAAAAGAGUUAGCAUGAUACUGUGCUUUAAUCAUGAGUUUUUUCAAGUGUGGUCACUUUGUGCCUCAGGGUACACUAAUAGUACUGUACAGGUAGAGUAAUUAAGGCAGUUUGUUUCUUUGUGAGGGUGGGAAUGGGGCUCAGAAGAGACAAAUGCCAUUGUCGGGCUGGCUCCAGCAGGGACAGACCCACCUUGAAGUAAGGGCGUGCUGGGAACUGAUCAGGAAUGUGAUUCUAGCUGUUCCCAGUGUCAGACCUGGUUUAUGCUCUGAAAAGGAUUCUCCUCAGUUUGUUAGGAAGCUCUGGGGUUUUAUUGGCAGUUCCUCAAAUUUGAGGGUUGUGCUCCAGAGCCCAACAGGGGAGCAGAGGUGCUGAGUGUAGCAUAGCGAGAAACUGCAGUAGUCACUGAAUAGGACUCCCUUAUUUUUUAACCCCACACACCACCCAAAAGAAAGGGGGUUUGACUGGGUAACUCUCCCCUUGGUGCUUGUGCAGUAGCUGAUUGCUUUGCCCACCAUUUUUUUCAUUCUUCUGGAAGUAGCAGCAAGCAUCUCCAAGGCUGCCAUGUUUCUCUUCAUCCAGUGCAUGGUCCUGAGACUUCUGGGGUCAGGGAACUGUUCGUAGUGAUCCAGCCGUCAGGAGAACUGAUGGAGGCAUUUAAAUGCAUUUUUAGUGUGGUAGGAAAACUGACCUGGCUUGGCUCCUGCUCUUGCUUAAAGCUGCGCUGCAAAAAUACGCUUUUGAAAUGAGCUGUGCUUGUCUGUUCUUUGCAAAGGAGCGCUCUGUCACGGGUGGUUCAGCCUUGGCUUCCCCGAGGCUGUUAACGUGCCGCAUUGGAUGCGAAGUGGAAUCGACAAGUAGAGGUGUUGAUCGGAACAGGUAGGAGCAGAAGUCUGUUAGGUGCUUGAGCCAAAUAGGUGAGGAGAGCCCAGCUAGUCUGUAGUACUCUGGCCAAGGUUUCCACCUUAUUUGCUCAGUUUUUAGCCUCUUGUGAGUUCUUGGCUCCUCUCAUUUUCUAUUUAUCCAUGUAGUUGCAGCUAAACAAGUAAACAUAGCUUGGAAAGAAAACAAACAAGGAAGAGGAUUAAAAAGAUUCCUUCAGGCUUGCUUAUCUCUUCAAGGAAAAUAUCAAUUGGAGUUGCAAAUGUCUUUCACAGAUUUUUCUCAUUAUUCUGAUUUUUAUAAGAGCUCUUCACACUUGGUGUUGUGAAUUAAAAGGAAAAACUUAGAAGGUAAGGCUGGGUUUUUGGGGGGCAGGGGGUGGAGAGGGGGUAGUUUCUAGGAUGAAGUCGCAGUAGUUCUGCAGGCCCUGUGCAAACCGUGUCCCACUGACAGCAGCAGACACGUCGGGCGUGAACAGUAGCAUCAGCCUGGACAGGCUGUAAAGACAGAGCUUUACUUUCUGCGUUGAUCAGAGUUUUAAUUUAUUGGCAGUGGAACAGAAAUAGGAGUUGCUUGGACAACCAAACUACCGAUGAGACCGGUGGCUGUCAAGAGUUCCUUCUAAUGGGCUGAAUUUAUACUUUCCUGGGGGCAAACCAGUCUUCGAGCCCGCUGGAGCUCCCUUCCUUGAGUGUCCUGGUGAUCAGGGAUGGGUGUCGCUUUCCUCUAGGACCGACUCCGUGAUGGAGAGCCCCGGGAGGCUCCUUCGCGUGGCACAACCAUAGGGAAAAGUCUCGUACGAUGGAGAAGUGAUGUUUACCUUUAAACAGUGAUAGCUGUUAAAACUUCUGGGUAUAUUUGUAAAAUUGGUCUUUUAUGCACCGUGUGAAAUGGACUGAAAUUUCUUUGCUGUUGUACCUGUGGAAGUACAAGCCAUUUUACAGGAAAGGAAAAAAGAAAAAUUAAAAUAUUAUCUCAGUAUUG